UCUCUUCCCAUUUCUCCUCGUUAGCUCAAUCUGGUUUCCUGGAGCUCAGAAAAUGGCGGGAAAAUCAGAAACAAAAAAUGGAGCCCUAACGGGUCGGAUCCGGAUAAAUGGGUCGGAUUGCGAGGCGAGCCUAAGCCCGGGCGGGGUGCUGACGUGGCAGGGGGAAGGAGAGCGGAGCUUGGCGAUGGAACAGGAGGCGCUAGGGUUUGGGAUCGAGGAGGGGCGUCGAAUUAGGGUUAGGGGAUUCUCUGGAGAUAGGAAGAGGAGGAGGAAAGACUUCGUCUUGGAGAUGGAGAGUGAUGAGAUGGUGGGUUUGUGGAGCGAGAGGUUGAAGGAUUGCUUCGACUCUUUUGGUCGACCAAAGAGGUUGUUUGUUGUUCUUAACCCAUUUGGUGGAAAGAAAAAUGCACGAGAGAUUUUCCAGAAUGAAAUCAAACCCCUACUUACAGCUGCUGAUAUAAUCUAUACGUUGCAAGAAACCAGAUAUCAGCUUCAUGCUCAAGAAAUUGCAUAUAAACUGGAUAUUCUAAAAUAUGAUGGAAUCGUAUGCGUCAGUGGAGAUGGUGUGCUGGUGGAGGUAGUGAAUGGAUUGCUGCAAAGAGAAGAUUGGGACAGUGCAAUCAAGGUGCCUCUUGGAAUAAUUCCAGCAGGUACCGGAAAUGGCAUGGCAAAAUCACUUCUGGAUGCAGCUGGUGAAGCAUAUUCAAUCUCAAAUGCUGUAUUUUCAGUUCUCAGAGGACAUAAACGCGCACUGGAUGUUUCUACUGUCAUGCAGGGAGUGACUAAAUUUUUUAGUGUACUGAUGCUCACAUGGGGUUUUGUUGCAGAUGUGGAUAUUGGGUCUGAGAAAUAUAGGUGGAUGGGAAGUACUGCUCGGUUUCAAUUCUAUGCCCUUUUACGCAUAAUGAACUUGAGAAGAUAUCAUGGAUGUGUUCAGUUUGUUCCUGCUCCUGGCUAUGAAGAAUUUGGUGAACCUUUACAGCGCAAUUUUGACUCCAAAGCAUUUACUAGUGUACAAGAACAAGGUCAAGGGAACGGUGUUCUAAUUCAUCAUGGUGGCUACCAAGGCCCUUCCGUUUGUUUUGAUAGUCGUGAGUGGAGGUCUUUAGAUGGUCCAUUUAUUUCAGUUUGGCUUAACAAUGUCCCCUGGUCUGAUAAAGGCACAAUGCCUGCACCUCAAGCAAAGUUCUCAGAUGGCUACCUUGAUAUGGUUAUAACCAGGGACUGUCCAAAAUCAGCAUUGCUAGCAUUGAUGUUGCAGUUAGCUGAUGGAAGCCAUCUCAAAUCGCCAUAUGUUAUUUAUCUGAAGGUGAAGGCAUUCCAGUUAGAGCCAGGGCAGCGUGUCGGAAAUGCCAGUAAGGGGGGCAUCGUCGACUCAGAUGGGGAGGUUCUUGCGAGGGGAGAUGGAACCUAUGAGUGCCAUAAAAGAUAUGGUGAUCUUAUGAUGUAUGGCUCUCCAAUCGAGAUGUUUGUCGAUCAAGGUUUAGCCACCAUCUUUUCUCCCAGAUGAUUGGCUUCUUCCUCCUCCUCCUCCACUUCCCUUUUCUUACGAGGGAUGUCACUUGCCUAUGAUGGUAAUUAGCUUCUUUCCCCUGAUAACGUUGUGUGUAUUUAUAUGUAUUAUAUAUGUGUAGCCGUAUACCCUCCGGCCAAAUAAAGCAGACAUCACGUGUGCGUGCACGUGUUUCUAGAAAACUUGCAACACACACGUGUAUAUACACUAAGCAUAUAAUUUGUGCUUGGUAGUGAGGUGGUCCAUUGCUAUCCACUCCCUAAUCUAUGUGAAUGUGAUUCCUGAUUCGAAUGAGUGGAUGAGAAUGUGCCAUCUUACUACCAAGUAUAAAAACUUGUGAUUCGUACCAAGUUCAUUUAUAUUUAUCAAGUAUAAAAUUUAUGUUU